GCGGCUGCGGAGGGGGCGCGUGCGCUCUUGCUCCCUCGCGCCGGCUCGCGCUCCCGCGCCGGGGCUGAGGCGGUGGCGGCGGUGGCGGUGACUGAGGCGGCGGCGGAGGCUGAGGCGGCGCGGGGGGAGGGCCGGGAGGGGGGUGGUUGUGGGGGAUGGACCGGGCGCGGCGGCCGCAGUGGAAGGAGCAGGCGCUUGAGCUCGAGCGACGGCGCUGGCGGAGACGCCGGCUGCUCCUCCCCUCCCCGCCGCAGGUAUUAAUCUCUGGAGAAGACAAAUCCACAGUUAGCACUUUCUUCAGAUGCUGACACUCAGUGAACAGUUGCUCUUGGUGACAAGAUUUAGAAGACACAGUGUCCAUCCUACCAGAUUGGAUCUCUUUUUCAUAUGGAUCUUCUGUUUCUAUGUCUUUUUUAAAAAGAACUUUUUGGGAAACCUUUUGGAUUACAACUGUUCAUCCUCAUCUAUGCAAAGAAAGGAAAGCUAUUGCUGGGAUUUUGAGGAGCUUUUCCUAAAAGAAUUGUACACCUUACAAGUGCUUAAAGAAGAGUAAUGAAGAUAGGCAUGAAGCCUUCGUCCCACAGCUGCAUGCGUAGUCACUGUUGAAGCAAAUGCCUACCUAAUUUGACACUCUUGGUGUGUUAAAAAAAUUUUUUUUGAGUUUGCAAAUAAGCAUAUUAAGUCUACUUAUGGAGCCUUCGGGCAGUGAACAGUUAUUUGAGGACCCUGAUCCUGGAGGCAAAUCCCAAGAUGCAGAGGCCAGAAAGCAGACAGAAUCAGAACAAAAAUUGUCUAAAAUGACCCACAAUGCUUUGGAGAACAUUAACGUGAUUGGCCAAGGCUUGAAGCAUCUCUUCCAGCACCAGCGCAGGAGGUCAUCAGUGUCUCCACAUGAUGUGCAGCAAAUUCAGGCAGAUCCAGAACCUGAAAUGGAUCUGGAAAGCCAGAACGCAUGUGCUGAGAUUGAUGGUGUCCCCACCCACCCCACAGCUCUGAAUCGUGUCCUACAGCAGAUUCGAGUGCCACCCAAGAUGAAGAGAGGGACAAGCUUGCAUAGUAGGCGGGGCAAGCCAGAGGCCCCAAAGGGAAGUCCCCAAAUCAACAGGAAAUCUGGUCAGGAGAUGACAGCUGUUAUGCAGUCAGGCCGACCCAGGUCUUCAUCCACAACUGAUGCCCCUACCAGCUCUGCUAUGAUGGAAAUAGCUUGUGCUGCUGCUGCUGCUGCUGCUGCAUGUCUACCAGGAGAAGAGGGAACUGCGGAGCGGAUCGAGCGGUUGGAAGUAAGCAGCCUUGCCCAAACAUCCAGUGCAGUGGCCUCCAGUACCGAUGGCAGCAUCCACACAGACUCCGUGGAUGGAACACCAGACCCUCAGCGCACAAAGGCUGCCAUUGCUCACCUGCAGCAGAAGAUCCUAAAGCUCACAGAACAAAUCAAGAUUGCACAAACAGCCCGGGACGACAACGUUGCUGAAUACUUGAAGCUUGCCAACAGUGCGGACAAACAGCAGGCUGCCCGCAUUAAGCAGGUCUUUGAGAAGAAGAACCAGAAAUCUGCCCAAACUAUCCUCCAGCUGCAAAAGAAACUUGAGCACUACCACAGGAAGCUCAGAGAAGUGGAGCAGAAUGGGAUCCCCCGGCAGCCAAAGGAUGUCUUCAGGGACAUGCACCAGGGUCUGAAGGAUGUGGGAGCAAAAGUGACUGGCUUCAGUGAAGGUGUGGUGGAUAGUGUCAAAGGUGGGUUUUCCAGCUUCUCCCAGGCCACCCAUUCAGCAGCAGGCGCUGUAGUCUCAAAGCCCAGAGAGAUUGCCUCACUCAUUCGGAACAAAUUUGGCAGUGCAGACAACAUCCCCAACCUGAAGGACUCUUUAGAGGAAGGGCAAGUGGAUGAGGCAGGGAAGACUUUGGGAGUGAUUUCAAACUUUCAGUCAAGCCCAAAAUAUGGUAGCGAAGAAGAUUGUUCUAGUGCCACUUCAGGCUCAGUGGGAGCCAACAGCACCACAGGAGGCAUCGCUGUAGGAGCAUCUAGCUCCAAAACAAACACCCUGGACAUGCAAAGCUCAGGAUUUGAUGCACUACUACAUGAGAUCCAGGAAAUACGGGAAACCCAGGCCAGACUGGAGGAAUCCUUUGAGACUCUCAAGGAACAUUAUCAGAGGGACUAUUCCUUAAUAAUGCAGACCUUACAGGAGGAGCGAUAUAGAUGUGAACGAUUAGAAGAACAGCUAAAUGACCUAACAGAGCUCCACCAGAAUGAAAUCUUGAACUUGAAGCAGGAAUUAGCAAGCAUGGAAGAAAAAAUCGCAUAUCAGUCCUAUGAACGGGCUCGGGACAUCCAGGAGGCCCUGGAGGCAUGCCAGACUCGCAUCUCCAAGAUGGAGCUGCAGCAGCAGCAGCAGCAGGUGGUGCAGCUAGAAGGGCUGGAGAAUGCCACUGCCCGGAACCUUCUAGGCAAACUCAUCAACAUCCUCCUGGCCGUCAUGGCGGUCCUUUUGGUCUUUGUCUCCACUGUAGCCAACUGUGUGGUCCCCCUCAUGAAGACUCGCAACAGGACGUUCAGCACUUUAUUCCUUGUGGUUUUCAUUGCCUUUCUCUGGAAGCACUGGGACGCCCUCUUCAGCUAUGUGGAACGGUUCUUUUCAUCUCCUAGAUGAUGCUGGCACAGAAGGCAUUAUUCCCUACCCUCUGGCGAGUGCAUGCAGCAGAGAGUUAGACAGCAACUUACCUACUCCGAAGUUUUCUACAACAACAAAAGAGUUGAGUGAAUCUGUUUACAUUUAGAAUAAUGUUUUUUUUCUUCAAGAGACGCAAUUGCAAUAGUAUUUUUUAGAUUUUAUCCAAGAAGUUUUUUGGGCGAAAAUCUUGGAUCAUUUUUAUGUAGCAUGAUUUUCCUUGGGAUGCAACUCUUAAACAGUCCUUUAAUAUGAACCAACAAUCUGGAGCACACUGAAGGGCAAUCUAAAUUAUGGCUUGAAGGACUGCACUAAAACCCACUAAAAAGAUGCGAAACCUGAUUAGGGCAAACCAGUUAAACCUAAUGCCCUGCCUUGUCUGGGUUCUCACCUCUCCUCAUCCCAGACUAACUUUACUGUGAAAUCCUACCACAUUCCAUGUCUGAAUUUUUGGAUUCAGGGUGGAUUUUCCUUGUCCGUGGAAGAACACAUGGAUCUCCCUGGCUUUCUCACCCAAGUUGGCCACUUAAGCUACCCUUGGAAGUAUGAUCACUUUUGAACCUGCCCCUUAACCUUUGCUAGGAUACAAAAGUGAAAGCAUCAUCCCCCAAAGGAUCACUGCACAGUCCUACUACAGUAUUUUUAAGUAGCCCUCUAAAUACUUAAUUUUAAGCAAAAUCCCUUGGCCGCACUUUUAAGGGUUUUUUUUAUAUGUGUAUAGUUAACAACCUAAAAAUAAAAAAUCCAAACAGCAUACUUGAAGAAUGUAAUACUCAAACUCUCAGUGCUUCCUUAUGGUUUCUAAUAGGAUUUUUUAUUAUUGUUAUUAUUAUUAUUGGGUUUUUUUGGACAGGGUUGGGAGGGUCUUUUAUUUUCCUUUGAAAUAAAGAAGUGAUGUUUUUAAAUGAA